CUAUAUGGCCUGAGUCCCUAUAUGGUCCCAUCCUUAUAUGGCCCUUUCCCUGUCCCUAUGUGGCCCAAGUCUCUGUGUGGUCCCUUUCCUAUAUGGCCUGAGUGCUUGUAUGGUCCCAUCUCUGUCCUUAUAUGGCCCAAGUUCCUACACGGUCCCUGUCCCUAUAUGACCCCCGUCCAUGUCCCUAUAUGGCCCAAGUCCCUAUAUGGUCCCUGUCCCUAAAUGGCCUAAGUUUCUAUGGCCCUGUCCCUAAAUGGCCCAAGACCCUAUACAGUCCCUGUCCCUAUAUGGCCUGAGUCCCUAUAUGGCCCAAGUCCCUAUACAGUCCCUGUCCCUAUAUGACCCCCAUCCAUGUCCCUAUAUGGCCCAAGUCCCUCCAUGGUCCCACUCCCUCCAUGGCCCCAGUCCCAGUCCCUCCAUGGCCCCAGUCCCUCCACGGUCCCCUCCUGGCCAUGCCGGUGUCCCCAAGGCCGGGUCAGCACCCCGUGCCCAUGGGGACGGUCCCAACGGGGAUCCCAGACCUGGCUGUCCCUUCCCCUCCCGCUGUGGGGCCGCUGCUGCAUGUGCCCCUUCCUCACCCCGAAUUCCAGGGCCGGGCAGUCACGGGCCCGCCUGGCUCCGGGGCCGGUGAUUCACCCCAAACCUGUCCCGGUCCCUGCCGGGCCUGACUCACCCGCCGCUUUCCCAAGAGGCCACCCCGGUGCCCUGACGUGGGGCUCGGUGACCGUCCCAGCCCCGUCCCCUCCGUCAUCCCGGGGCCGGAUGGGGCUGCAGGAAGGCAAUUCCUGCCCCGUGAGCUGGUGUGACGGUUCUGGGGUGGGGACAGGGCCACCGUGGGAGCCUCCCUGUCCCCGCCAGCGUGUCAGGGCUCAGCACAAACCCUGAUGGGGACGUUGUAGCGGGGACCCCCCUGCCCUCGGCCCCCAAAACACUGCUGGGGCUUUGGGACCCCAAAUGCCCGCGUGUUGCUCGCUGUUUGUCACACCCGUGGGGACAUUGGGGACAGUCCUGAGGCUGUGGCCGGGGUCCCCUCGGGGUCCCCGGGGGAUUUGGGGUGCCCACGGGAACUCGUUCUGCCCGGUGGACAGGUGCCAGGGCUGCCAUGUUAUAAAUACCCACUGAUUAAAAGGGCCGUUCCAACCCCCUAAUUAAUUUGGAUUAAUUAAUUUUUACAGAGCCCACUAUUAAUAGGGAUGAUGUCAGCGGGCGGCUGAGUCACAACUCUCACUCGGUGCGGGCCCAGCCGGGCCCUGGGUCGGUGACACUGCCCGAGCCAGGGAUGUGACAGGGAUGUCACCGGAAUGUCACCGGGGCCCUGGGGUCACUCGGUGUCCCCAGCUGGGGGUGGCACCUGCCCUGCACCCCCGGAAUGGAGCUCAAAGUUUGCAUUCAAUCCUCUCGGAGAUCUUUUCCAACCAAAACGAUCCCGGCCCCGGGGAUGUUUCUGUGCACGGCCCCGGUGAUGCUCCAGCCCCGCGGUCCCGUCCUGUCCCCACCGGAGGUCCCCGGGCGGCGCCGCCGAGGCCGCGGCGAGUUCAGGCCGAGUUUGGUCCGGUGCCCAGGCGGGGAGGGAGCGGAGGGACGGACGGACCGACGGACGGCGGCGCCCGGGCGGUGACUGCGCGUCCGUCCGGCCGCAUCAGGAAACCCAACACCGGCGCGGGGGGGACAAAGGCUGCGCUGUCCCCUCCUGCGGCGCGGGUAUAAAAACACCUGAAAAGUCCCCAGAGCUCCCGAACCCCUCGAAACCUCCCGGGGACUGCGACCUGCCCGCAGCCUGCGCCCUGGGCUAGCGGCGUGCCCGGUGCCAUGGCCACGGCCGAGCCCACCGAGCCCACCGAGCCCGCCGAGCUGACGGAGCUGGAGGCGGCCAUCGAGCGCAUCGUCACCGUGUUCGUCACCUUCGCCGCCAAGGAGGGCAAGAAGGGCACGCUGACGGCCGGGGAGUUCAAGGAGCUGGUGAAGCUCCAGCUGCCCAACCUGAUGAAGGAUGUGCCCUCCCUGGAGGAGAAGAUGAGCGAGCUGGACGUGAACAACGACGAGGAGCUGAGGUUUGGCGAGUACUGGCGGCUGAUCGGGGAGCUGGCCAAGGCCGUGCGCAGGGACAAAGCGGCCAAGAAGUGAUGGAGACUCAAAUAAAGAGGUUUCCCUGA